GAGGCAGUCUGGCUGCUGACGAAGGCCGAGCGUCGUCUGAUUUUUGUUUUUAUCUUGAGAUGUGUUUGUGACUCAAAUUCCUCUGCCUUCAUCUUCACACCAACAGGCGACUUUCAGCCUGGAAGAAGGCCCAUCUGUGUGACUCUUCAUGAUCCAUGAACAUGUGAUUUUUAAAACCCUUUAUUUUACAUCUGUGCAUCCUGGGAGCUGCAGCUACACACCGGAGCAGAGCAAAGACAUCCUCAACACUUUUCAGCUGCUACGGGUUUCCUCAGAGGCUGAACAGAUUCAUGGAGAGGACACUGACACUGGGUCUGACUCUUUUCUUAACACUCUGCCUGGACAUACCAGCAGCUGGAGGACGGAAGGAGGGGGCUCAUGGCGAGAACACCCAGAAACGUUCAUCGCGGUCUCCAGAUGCAAAAGCAGGCCGCUGCUCCUACACCUUCAUUGUUCCCCAGCAAAAGCUGACAGGUGCGCUGUGUCUGAACACCCAGUCUGCCACUACCAACCACUCCGAGGUGGCGGUGCUGCGGGCGGAGCUCAUAAGGCAGCAGGAACAGCUGGAGAAGCUCCGGGGCCAGCUGGAGCAGGAGGGCUCCCUUGCCAUGGAGGUAAGAGCCCUGCGCAAAGAGAGCAACAGCAUGAAUUCUCGCAUUGCUCAGCUCUACGCGCAGCUGCUACAUGAAGUCAUCCACAAGAAAGACCAGGCGUUGGAGCAGCGAAGGGUGGAGAACCUCCUGCUAAAUGCUACAACACAGGCGCUGCAGGUGUCCAGUAACUACAGGGAGCUGGAGAAGAAAUAUGGAGCCCUCACCUCCAUGAUGAGCUCCCAGAACCAGUUCAUUGCUCGGCUGGAGAAGCAGUGCCAGUGCAGGGACCCCACCCAGUCCUCUGUGGUGACGACUGAACCACCCAAAAGCCGGCCUAACGUGCAUCCUAAUUACAGCUCUGAAGCCAACGAAAUGACCAAUGAUGUUCAAAGGGACCAAAGUGCUCCUCCACCGCGGCAGGAAAAAACAGUUCAUUCCCUCCCCACUGCCAUGGCAACCAACACUCCCACAGCGCCUCCUUUCAUUAGUUUCCCUGUCACAAAGACUCCAGGGCCGUGGCGGGACUGCCAGCACGUACUGGAAUCAGGCGAGACCACCAGUGGGAUCUACCUGCUCCGCCCACAGAGUGCCAACCGGCUCCUGCAGGCCUGGUGUGAGCAGAGUCAGGCUCAGGGAGGGUGGACGGUCAUCCAGAGGAGGCAGGAUGGCUCCGUCAACUUCUUCCGGACCUGGGAGCAGUAUAAGCAAGGCUUUGGGAACCUAGAUGGAGAGUAUUGGCUCGGGCUUGAACACCUCUACUGGAUGACUAAACAGGCCCAAUAUAAACUGCGGGUGGCUCUGGAGGACUGGCAGGGCCGACAGGUGUUUGCCGAGUAUGACAGCUUCCACCUGGAACCGGAGAGCGACUGGUACCGACUGCGGCUGGGACAAUACCACGGCAACGCUGGGGACUCGCUCUCGUGGCACAACAACAAGGCCUUCACCACCCUGGAUCGAGACAAGGACGGCUAUACAGGUAACUGCGCUCAUUACCAAAAAGGAGGCUGGUGGUACCACAUGUGUGCCCACUCCAAUCUGAACGGCGUGUGGUAUCGAGGCGGACACUAUCGCAGCCGCUACCAGGACGGGGUCUACUGGGCGGAGUUCCACGGAGGGUCCUACUCUUUGAAACGAGUUUCCAUGAUGAUCAAACCUACAUAAAAAAGUUAUGGACAAGUGAGAAAGAACAAUGAUGAACUGAUGUAGACAGAUGUAAAGGGCCUUAAAUAAUAU